AUGAAGGGAGACCCAUAUCCGUUAGGUAGGCGAGGGGUUGAUGAUCAUUUUGAAAGUAAUGAUUGUGAUGAUCAUCCUACAGAAUUGCUUGAUGAUGCUCAAGAAGAGUUUAUUCAUGAUCCUGAAAAAUUUGAUAGCAUGGUUAGAGAUGCAGAUAAGUCGUUAUUUAGUGGUUGUGAAAAACGCCGACUAUCAACUAUGGUGAAAUUUUAUAACAUAAAGGCAGAGAAUGGAGUAAGUGAUAAGUGUUUUAGUCAAUUUCUAUCUGCUUUUAAAGAGAUCCUGCCGAUGGAAAAUUGCUUUCCAGAGUCGACAUAUGAGGUGAAGAAAACUUUAAGUUCGAUAGGGUUGAAGUAUGAGAAGAUUCAUGCAUGUCCAAAUGAUUGCAUUUUGUAUCGUAAAGAGCAUGCCCACAUGGACACUUGUCCGAAAUGUGGUUUGCCACGGUACAAGCCGAACAAGAGUAAGGAGAUCCGAAAACUUAUUCCAGAGAAAGUCUUGUGGUACUUGCCUUUAAUUCCGCGACUCAAGCGGUUCUAUCGAAGUGCAGAAACUUCUGAAAACUUAUUAUGGCACGAGAAAAGGCGAGUGAAAGACGGUAAACUCCGACAUCUUGCUGAUUCACAGGCUUGGAAAAAAGUAAAUUAUUUGAAUCCAGACUUCGCAGCUGAACCAAGACAUCUACGGCUUGGUCUAUCAGCCGAUGGAGUAAAUCCACAUAGAUCUCUUAGCAGCCGACAUAGUUCAUGGCCUGUGUUCCUUGUUAUGUACAACCUUCCUCCUUGGUUGGUGAUGAAAAGGAAAUUUACGAUGUUAUCGCUAAUGAUUUCAGGGCCUAAACAGUCGGGACAUGAUAUCGAUGUUUAUUUGGCACCGUUAGUUGAUGACUUGAAAGAGUUGUACGAAGAUGGUGUUGAUGCAUACGAUGGUUUUAAGAAAGAAGUUUUUAAGUUGAAGGUUGUCUUUGUUGUGGGUAUUAGUGAUUUCCCUGCGUAUAGUAAUCUAUCAGGGUUGAGCACAAAAGGCUAUGAAGGUUGUCCUAUUUGUUGUACCAAUACACGAGCUCGUCGGUUGUCAAAUGGACGCAAAAUGUGUUACAUGGGCCAUCAACGAUAUUUGCCCCUAAGUCACCCUGACAGAAAUAAAAAACAAGCAUUUGACGGUACUGUAGAACGAGAAGUUGCACCUUUGCCACUUUCAGGGCGACAAAUUCUUGAAGAAGUUGAGAAAAUAGAUUUCAAGUAUGGAAAGGGCAAGAAAAAGAGAAACCCCAAUGGAUGUUUUCAAAGAAAAUCGAUUUUCUUCCGUCUUCCAUACUGGAAAGAUUUACUUGUUAGACAUUGUUUGGAUGUCAUGCACAUAGAAAAGAAUGUGUGUGAAAGCAUUGUCGGUACGUUACUUGACAUCCUUGGUAAAAGUAAAGAUGGUUUGUCUAGUCGUUUAGACCUUGUUGAGUUGGGUAUAAGACACAGUUUGGCACCUGUGGAUAAAGGCAAACGUACAUAUUUACCUCUUGCAGCUUUCACAUUAUCUAAAGAAGAGAAACAAGCCGUAUGCAACUCAUUUGCAAAGAUGAAAGUGCCUGAUGGGUAUUCAUCUAACGUUCGAAACUUAGUGUGUAUGGAAGAAUUAAAGUUAAUGGGUAUGAAAUCGCAUGAUUGUCACACGUUAAUGCAACAAUUACUUCCAAUUGCCAUUCGAUCAGUCUUACCUAAAAAAGUUCGACAAACUUUGACAAAGGUUUGCAUAUUCUUUAAUCAAUUGUGUGGGAAAGAAUUAGAAAUGAAGAAAUUGAAUUCAUUGCAUGAUGACAUAGUUAAAACUCUAUGCAAUCUUGAAAAAUAUUUCCCUCCAUCAUUCUUUGACAUCAUGAUACAUUUGAUGGUCCAUCUAGUAAGAGAAGCGAAGUUGUGUGGGUCAGUUUGGGCGAGAUGGAUGUAUCCAUUUGAACGAAAUAUGAAGGUAUUGAAAGGUUACAUGCGUAAUCACAAUCGGCCUGAAGCUUGUAUGGUUGAGUGUUAUAUAUCAGAGGAGGCAGUGGAAUUUUGCACGGAGUACAUAGCAAGAGUUGAUGCAAUCGGACUUAGCAAGCCACGAAAUCAUUAA